AUGCUUUCCAUUAGCCGUGUCGCCAGCCGACUACAGUGGCCUAACCUACGUUCAAGGACGUUCCAAACUUCUCUGCGAUAUUAUUCCGAGUCGAGCCGGCCUUCGUCUGCUGUACAACCUGGAGAAAAACAGCCUACGCGACCAGCUCAGUCAACUCUUCACCCAACCCAGAAUCAUCCACUGGCAAGACAUGAAGUCCAGGAACGUUCCGAAGCCAUAAAUAUGCCAUUCAAUCCACCAGGCGGUGGUGGGGGUCCUGGACCUGGAGGCUCCGGUGGUUCUUUCCAGUUCACUGGCUCUCCGUUCUUUGACGCGACUUUGACGACGUUAGUUGGCUUGGGUGUCGUAUUUGUAGGAGGAGUCGCGUAUCUGCGGUGGUACAAAAAGAACAUUGAACUUGCGUUUGAACCCGGGUAUGAUCCAGCACUAGAGGUGGCGAGACAUUAUGAUACUACACACAAGGAUGCUGCGUUAGGGCUCGAAGAUCCUGAUUCAGUCCCAUGGACUGAGCAUCUACGAAGACGCGAGCAGGAUCGAAUUGACAGAAUGGUCAAAGGAGAAGAAGUGGGCCACUAUUACGUUUUACUCGGUCCAAAGGGUUCUGGGAAAGGGACUAUGAUAUAUGAUUCUAUGAGUGCUAUCAAAGCUGACGGUGUCGCCAUGUGUGAUGCACAUCCCGACCUCGAGGUUUUCCGUCUACGUCUUGGGAAAGCGCUUAACUAUGAGUAUAAUGAAGAUUCGCAGACUGGCUUAUUCCAGAGACGUGAUCCUCGAGAAGGUGGUGCGGCCUUGGAUAUCGAACGAGGUACCCAACCUUCAUUUUGUGUCAUUAGCUCUGCUCAGAUUCCUUUAGCACUAAAUAAGCUGGAGAAGGUCGCGUUGAGAUGUGCAAGGAGAAGACACAAACCUUUGGUCCUCAUAAUCAACAAUGUUCAUUACUUCAACAAUGAUGAAGCUGGACGAAACAUGCUUCUGCAACUCCAACAACGCGCGGAAGCCUGGGCUGCAAGCGGGAUUAUGACUAUGAUUUUCAGCACGGAUGAUUUCUGGCCAUUCCAUGUAAUGCGCAAAGUUGCUAGUCGGAUGCACGUUUUGUCGAUUUCUGAUCUUGAUACCCGCGAAGCACUACACGCCUGUACACGUAUGAGAGCGAACGUGAAGAAUAAAAUUGAACACCACGAUCAUGACCAGAUCAAGGAAGCUGUUUCGAUAGUUGGAGGUCGAUUAUCCUAUCUUAAUAAGGUCGCUAGUUCGAAAGACGUUUUAGAAAUGUCCAAUUCUUUACUAGAAAUUGAAAAGGCGUGGCUUUUGAGUCAAAUAGGAUUGAUUCAAGACUGUGACGACGAUGUUAUGGAUGAACAAAAAUGGAGCAGCUGUUCAUGGUUACUGUUGCAAGAAUUUGUCAAAAUGCGGCGAGAACAAGAAAAAGAACGAGAUGAAGGCUUACAAUCCUUGGACCAAUUACCGGAUCUGCCCAUGCCUUCUCUUCCUUAUGUGUCUUUUCAGUACAAGUGCAGACAGAUCAUGACACGGGCCGACUUCCUGGAAGAACUCGAUAGAGUUAAUAUUAUCUCCAUAGAUAUGAAUCAUAAUGUACGCCCAGAUUCUAUGCUAAUUUUGUUAGCUGCUCGACAAGUGGUCGAAACGGAAAACUUCGAGGAAGUCCUAAACAGUGUCCGGGAUCGGAUAGAUGAAAUUGAAAGCCUACAUAGGACUAGAGAGUUGACGUUUAAGGACGUCGAUAAAGGUGAUCGGAUACGACUUGUAGUCGAUAAAGGUGGUGCUGAGCUCCUGGAGAGCAAACGGUCGUAA